CUUUCUCUACACCGUGCAGGCUCUCGAAGGAAGUAGAGCUUGGAUUCCCUAUAUCUAUCUCUCGCUCUCUUCUAUACUGUGUCGUUCAUCAGAAGAGAGAGGAGAAGGGAACGCGAAGCAUGACGACGUCGACGCCGGAGGAACCACAGAAUGGGGAAGCAGCGAAGCCUGUGAUCAACUACAGAGGGUGGAAAGCCAUGCCAUACGUGAUAGGAAACGAGGCGUUUGAGAAGCUGGGGACGAUCGGCACCUCCGCCAACCUCUUGGUCUACCUCACCACCGUUUUCCACAUGAAGAGCGUCGCGGCCGCCACCCUCAUCACCGUGUUCAACGGCACCACCAGCCUCACCCCCCUCCUCGGGGCCUUCCUCGCCGAUACCUAUCUCGGCCGCUACGCCACCUUGGGGGCCGCUUCGGUUGCUUCUUUCUUGGGCAUGCUCAUUCUCACACUCACGGCUGCCGUCUCCAAGCUUCACCCGCCUCCCUGCAGCAGUCAUGGCGACGCAUGCCACGGCGCGAACCCAACUCAGCUGGCCGUCCUCUUCGCCAGCUACGUCUUCAUGGUCAUCGGAGCCGGCGGCAUACGCCCCUGCAACCUGGCGUUCGGCGCCGACCAGUUCGACCCCACCACCGAGGCGGGGAAGCGAGGCAUCGCUAGCUUCUUCAACUGGUACUACAUGACCUUCACCUUUGCCAUGAUGGCCUCCGCCACCCUCGUCAUCUACGUGCAGAGCAACGUGAGCUGGUCGCUGGGGCUGGCCAUUCCCACGGCGUUCAUGUUCAUCUCCUGCGUGCUCUUCUUCGUCGGGACCAAGAUCUACGUGAAGGUGCGGCCGGAGGGCAGCCCGAUCACCAGCAUCGCCCAGGUGCUGGUGGCGGCGUUCAGGAAGCGAGCGCUGAAGCUACCUGAUGACCUCAAGGGCUCUCUUUUUGACCCUCCACAUCUCAGUUCUCUGAUCUCCAAGCUGCCGCACACCGACCAGUUCAGUUUUCUUGACAAAGCUGCGAUCAUAACCCCCAUGGACGAUAUCAAACCGGAUGGCUCAGCUUCAGAUGGAUGGAGAUUAUGUAGCUUACAGCAAGUGGAACAGAUGAAAUGUUUAGUAAGAAUCAUCCCUGUUUGGUCUUCAUGUAUCAUCUUCGAGGUUACCGUCGUUCUGACAUGGACUUACGUCGUCUUCCAAGCCCUUCAAUCCGAUAGACAUCUCGGGCACAGUAACUUUGAGAUUCCUGCUGCGACUUUUACUGUGUUCGCCAUGGCGGCCAUGACCAUUUGGUUGCUUGUUUACGACCGUUUCGUCGUCCGAUUGCUUCAGAGGGUUACUGGAAAGGAAGGUGGCAUCACGCUGCUUCAAAGGAUGGGGACUGGCAUUGCUCUUUCGGUCGUGAUGAUGAUUGUCGGUGGCUUGGUAGAGGAACGGCGGCGGAGUUAUGCGCUUCACAAGCCGACACUGGGGACUGCAUCCAAUGGUGGUGCCAUUUCAUCAAUGUCCAGCCUCUGGUUGAUCCCUCAGCUCGUUAUUGCUGGUCUUUCGGAUGCUUUCAACCUCGUCGGCCAAGUUGAGUUCUACUACAAGCAAUUUCCCGAAAACAUGAGGAGCAUGGCAGGGGGUCUGCUCUUCCUGGGUUUUGCAUGUUCCAACUAUCUGGGCACCUUGAUAAUAACUAUCGUCCAUCGAACAACUGGUGGACAUCAGAAGAGCAAUUGGUUAGCAGAAGAUCUUAACCAGGGAAGACUAGAUCUUCUCUACUUCUCGAUCGCAUCAUUAUCUGCCGUUAAUUUGGUCUUCUUCAUUGUAUGUGCAAAGUGGUACAAAUACAAAACCUCAGACAAAGACCAUGAGAUUGCUCUGCAAACAAAGGAGAUCAGAAGUUCUGUAUGAGCAAGUUUCUGAUGCACUGGAUCUUUACAGUGCACAAGAAUAAAGAACAAGGAUAUGGAAUCAGGUUUCAUCAGAAGAGAAGUAACAGUUCUGUUAAUCAUGCCUUUUCCUAUGUACUGUUGAUUCCUCUUUUUUCUUUUUAUUACUAUUUGAAGCUGCAAAACUUUUAUAAGAGCAGAAUGCUGUUCAUGGUAGAUGCACAAACAGUGGUUCACCCUCUCUACAUGUUAUAUAUGCUAAUAUCAGAUAAUUUCCAUUGUGAAACUUUUUGUGCUCA